AUGCCUACCACCGAAAGCUUUGCCAAAUCCCUACCUUUCCCCGACGAUCUCCCUACGGUUACGCAUCAACGGUUGGAGCUGAGCAAAUUACUCUCCGGGGAUGAAGCCGAUUCGGAAACUCUGUUCGAAGCCUGUGCCAGCCUUGGGUUCUUUCUGCUGGAUCUAAGAGGGUGUACCGAAGGAGAGACCAUUUUAAAAGAAACUGAAGCGGGGUUCAACAUCGGUCAGGAUUUCUAUGCCUUGAGUGGCGCGGAGAAAUCCAAAUUCCCUUUGCUACCGUCGAAGUUGGGCUACAAACCGAUAGGAGGCACUAAAAUCGAAGACGGCCGCCCCGACCGCUGCGAGAUUGACUCACUUCCCACCGACGACCUCCUCGCCUUCGUACCGCCCAACAGCAACCCACCCGCCCUUCGAGAAGAACCCGGCCUCUCGUAA